GACGCCAUGUUUAACCAGAAGAGUAAGUCGUCAAAUCCAUCUUUUUGUAUUUGUGAUAUAUCAUUUUUGUGUCGACACUUUAUUUCGUUUUGAAGUUGAACUAUUUUUUGCGAAUUUAGCUGGCCAGCGAAACCGUAUUUGGUUAUCCACGUGUUUAAAUGUUCUAUUUUGGAAUGGUUUUGUAGUUGAACAUAUUUCCAAUCUUUACACGUUAGGCGCUGUUGGAAAUUCAGCUACUGUGGGUCGAAGUCAAAGAAGAAGAAGAAGAGGUGGAAAGCGGGUUCUUCGGCAGAAAGAGAAGAGGAAAACACAGAGCCUAGAACUGAAUGUGGGGACUUUGAAUGUUGGGACUAUGACGGGAAAAUCUCGAGAGUUGGUUGACAUGAUGAUUAGGAGAAAGGUUGAUAUAUUGUGUGUCCAGGAGACCAGGUGGAAAGGCAGUAAGGCUAGAAGUUUAGGGGCAGGGUUUAAAUUAUUUUACCAUGGUGUAGAUGGGAAGAGAAAUGGAGUCGGGGUUAUUUUAAAAGAAGAGUUGGCUAAGAAUGUCUUGGAGGUGAAAAGAGUAUCAGAUCGAGUGAUGAGGCUGAAAUUUGAAAUUGAGGGUGUUAUGUGUAAUGUGAUUAGUGGCUAUGCCCCACAGGUAGGAUGUGACCUAGAGGUGAAAGAGAAAUUCUGGAAGGAGCUAGAUGAUGUAGUUCUGAGCAUCCCAGACAGAGAGAGAGUCGUAAUUGGUGCAGAUUGUAAUGGACAUGUUGGUGAAGGUAAUAAGGGUGAUGAAGAAGUGAUGGGUAAGUACGGUAUCCAGGAAAGGAACUUGGAGGGACAGAUGGUGGUAGACUUUGCAACAAGGAUGCAAAUGGCUGUAGUGAACACUUUUUUCCAGAAGAGGCACGAACAUACGGUGACCUACAAGAGCGGAGGUAGAAGCACACAGGUGGAUUACAUCUUGUGCAGACGAUGUAAUCUGAAGGAGGUUACCAACUGUAAGGUAGUGGUAGGGGAGAGUGUGGCUAGACAGCAUAGGAUGGUGGUGUGUAAGAUGACUCUGGUGGUGGGGAGGAAAAUUAGGAAGACAAAGGCAGAGAAGAGAACCAUGUGGUGGAAGCUGAGACAGGACGAGUGUUGUGCAGCUUUUCGGGAAGAGGUGAUACAGGCUCUCGGUGGACGGGAAGAGCUUCCAGAAGACUGGACCACUGCAGCCAAGGUGAUCAGAGAAGCAGGCAGGAGAGUACUUGGUGUAUCUUCUGGCAGGAAAGGAGAGAAGGAGACUUGGUGGUGGAACCUCACAGUACAGGAAAUCAUACAAGGAAAACGGUUAGCUAAGAAGAAGUGGGACACUGAGAGGACCGAGGAGAGGCGAAAGGAAUACAUUGAGAUGCGACACAGGGCAAAGGUAGAGGUGGCAAAGGCAAAACAAGAGGCAUAUGAUGACAUGUAUGGCAGGUUGGACACUAAAGAAGGAGAAAAGGAUCUAUACAGGCUGGCCAGACAGAGGGAUAGAGAUGGGAAGGAUGUGCAGCAGGUUAGGGUGAUUAAGGAUAGAGAUGGAAAUAUGUUGACUGGUGCCAGCAGUGUGCUAGGUAGAUGGAAAGAAUACUUCGAGGAGUUGAUGAAUGAGGAAAAUGAUAGAGAAGGGAGAGUAGAAGAGGCAAGUGUGGUGGACCAGGAAGUGGCAAUGAUUAGUAAGGGGGAAGUUAGAAAGGCAUUAAAGAGAAUGAAAAAUGGAAAGGCAGUUGGUCCUGAUGACAUUCCUGUGGAGGUAUGGAAGCAUCUAGGAGAGGUGGCUGUGGAGUUUUUGACCAGCUUGUUCAAUAGAAUUCUAGUGCGUGAGAAGAUGCCUGAGGAAUGGAGGAAAAGUGUACUGGUGCCCAUUUUUAAGAACAAAGGUGAUGUGCAGAGCUGUGGCAACUAUAGAGGAAUAAAGUUGAUGAGCCACACAAUGAAGUUAUGUGAAAGAGUAGUGGAGGCUAGACUCAGGACAGAAGUGAGUAUUUGCGAGCAACAGUAUGGUUUCAUGCCUAGAAAGAGUACCACAGAUGCAUUAUUUGCCUUGAGGAUGUUGAUGGAAAAGUACAGAGAAGGUCAGAAGGAGCUACAUUGUGUCUUUGUAGAUCUAGAGAAAGCCUAUGACAGAGUACCCAGAGAGGAACUGUGGUACUGCAUGCGGAAGUCUGGAGUGGCAGAGAAGUAUGUUAGAAUAAUACAGGACAUGUACGAGGGCAGCAGAACAGCGGUGAGGUGUGCUGUCGGUGUGACAGAAGAAUUUAAGGUGGACGUGGGACUGCAUCAGGGAUCAGCCCUGAGCCCCUUCCUUUUUGCAGUGGUGAUGGAUAGGCUGACAGAUGAGGUUAGACUGGAAUCCCCGUGGACCAUGAUGUUUGCAGAUGACAUUGUGAUCUGCAGUGAAAGCAGGGAGCAGCUGGAGGAACAGUUAGAAAGAUGGAGGCAUGCACUGGAAAGAAGAGGAAUGAAGAUUAGCCGAAUUAAAACAGAAUAUAUGUGCAUGAAUGAGAGGGGUGGUGGGGGAAGAAUGAGGCUACAGGGAGAAGAGAUGGCAAGGGUAGAGGACUUUAAAUACUUGGGGUCAACCGUCCAGAGCAAUGGUGAGUGUGGUCAGGAAGUGAAGAAACGGGUCCAAGCAGGUUGGAACGGGUGGAGGAAGGUGUCAGGUGUGUUAUGUGACAGAAGAGUCUCUGCUAGGAUGAAGGGCAAAGUUUAUAAAACAGUGGUGAGGCCAGCCAUGAUGUAUGGAUUAGAGACAGUGGCACUGAAGAGAAAACAGGAAGCAGAGCUGGAGGUGGCGGAAAUGAAGAUGUUGAGGUUCGCUCUCGGAGUGACCAGGUUGGAUAAAAUUAGAAAUGAGCUCAUCAGAGGGACAGCCAAGGUUCGAUGUUUUGGAGACAAAGUUAGAGAGAGCAGACUUCAAUGGUUUGGACACGUCCAGAGGAGAGAGAGUGAGUAUAUUGGUAGAAGGAUGAUGAGGAUGGAGCUGCCAGGCAAGAGAGCUAGAGGAAGACCAAAGAGAAGGUUGAUGGAUGUCGUGAGGGAAGACAUGAUGGCAGUUGGUGUUCGAGAGGAGGAUGCAGGAGAUAGGCUCUCAUGGAAAAGGAUGACGCGCUGUGGCGACCCCUAACGGGACAAGCCGAAAGGAAAAGAAGAAGAGACACGUUAGAUUUGAAAAGGACCGUUUCACACCACACACCCACCCGGCCGCACCCGCGACCACAAUCACACCUCUGACCUCUGCGUUAACCAUCCAUGAACAGGAUGUGAGAUGCAUCUUCAAACAACAAAAGAUUAACAAAGCGGCAGGCCCGGAACACGUGUCCCCAUCCUGCCUCAAAGUCUGCGCAGAUCAGCUCGCUCCAGUCUUCACUCAGAUCUUCAACAGAUCUCUGGAAAUGUGCGAAGUUCCAUCCUGUUUCAAACGCUCCACCAUCAUUCCAGUCCCCAAGAAACCUGCAAUCUCGGGUCUGAAUGACUACAGGCCUGUCGCUUUGACAUCUGUGGUCAUGAAAUCCUUUGAACGUCUCGUGCUGGACCACCUCAAGAGUGUCACAGGUCCCCUGCUGGACCCCCUGCAGUUUGCCUACCAAGCGAAAUGAUCUGUGGAUGAUGCAGUCAACAUGGGACUGCACUUCAUCCUAGAACACCUCGACAGUGCAGGGACCUACGCGAGGAUCCUGUUCGUGGACUUCAGCUCAGCGUUCAACACCAUCAUCCCUGAACUCCUUUCAUCCAAGCUU